AUGUAUUCCUCUGUUUCUCGCGCCACCUUUGAUCGUUGGCACAAUGUUCUGGAUGCUCGAAUGGUGACCGUCAACAGUGCUCCCCUCUCAGGCUCGGCUCGUAUAGCCCUAGGCAACACGAAGAAACGCCUCGAAAAGUUAGAGUGUCUACUAGCUGAAUUUCAGGCUGCAACAGUCAACGGUGCUCCCCUCUCAGGCGAGGCUCGUCGUGUCAUCGAAGAAGAGGCACGUGUAGCCCAUGCUGAUAGACAGAGAGAUGAGGCAGAAGCACGCAGGCGCGUUGUUCUCGAAUCUUACGACGAACUCAGCAAAUAUCUCGCCGCAAUCGAAUCCCGUGCUGCCGAUACACGUGCUGGUUUCCAGCGUAUCCUUAGAGAUCCAGGUGGCCAUCUCGUCUUGACACCCAUCCCAAAUCAAAUACAGCACUAUCACAGCCCCUACUCUGCGAAUCCUAUUCUGGUGCUCUCCCUCCAGCCCUCCCCGCUCCCCCCUCCACUCGUGGUGUCUGUCCUCGCUCAGGCAGCUUCGAUGACACAUCUUAUCUCAUUGCACCCCUCCAGCCACCUUCCAAACGACCUCGCAAUGACCGUGGUGAAUAUGACCACAGGCCUCCACUCUCCGCUACAUCACGCGGUCGCAUUCCUGAUAUCGACCCCCUCCCCCAACAACUUCCUCAAAUUCAACACCAUAACCAUCACCUUAGCAUUCGCCCUACUCAUAAAUCUCACUCCUGAUCCAGCAGCCGAUCUAGUGAGCGCUCUCAAUGCCCGUGACCAACAGCCACAGUCUCCCCGUGCCGUGUUGGCUGCCCACCAGUCCAGGGGUAUCCCAGUGGGUCCAUUGGAUCAACCUGGCGAGCUCAGGACCUAUCAAACCCACAUUUUUGCCCCUCCCAUCAUGGGCGCCCCCCAAAAGAAGGGGAAACCAGGGUCAAGCGCAAAUAUCACUCACAAUGGCUCCCCACCAACACCUGGAACUCCUAACGCCUUCGUCCCUGCCAUCGCACCAGCACCUCCACCCGCUAUUCCUCCCACCACCACAGAUGAAUGCAAGAUAUUUUCCUUCGCAUUCACGUGGCUUGCGCUUCCUUGACUGGUGUCCUGGUUCUCUGUCUUGUUAUUCCUCGUCUUGGAUCUACGGCGACUCUCGCUAUUGAUUAUCGUCCAGUCGAAUCUCGAAUCUCUUUCUAUCAUCUAAUGCAAAUCAUCGAAUCAGAUCACCCCACACUCCAAUCAUAUGUUUUCAUCCCAUGCUCAUCUCGCUGUCUGCAACUGUUGUUUUCGUGCUCUUUUGUUUCUUUUUCUUUUUUUUGCGUCCAUGCGGUUCAUUGUUGUUCAUCAUUUCGUGCUAUCUGUAUUAAUCCAAACUAGUAUGUCUCGA